AUGGGUUUCCAAAACAAGACGCAGAACGCCAAGAGCUUUCCAGCCGGGUCGGCGGAGCAGCUGGAGCUGGUGGGGCAGCUGCUGAAGGAGCUGUCCCAGGCCGGGGACCAGGAGGACAGGCGGGGGACGCUGCUGGAGCUGCUGAAGGUGGCCCGCCAGGACAGCCUGCUGGUGUGGGACGAACACUUCAAGACCCUGCUGCUGCUGCUGCUGGAGACGCUGGGCGACACAGACCACUUGGUCCGGGCGCUGGCUCUCCGGGUUCUGAAGGAGAUCCUGCGGAACCAGCCGGCCCGGUUCAAGAACUACGCAGAGCUGACCAUCAUGAAGACGCUGGAGGCUCACAAGGACUCUCACAAAGAGGUGGUGCGUGCGGCCGAGGAGGCGGCCUCCGCCCUGGCCGGCUCCAUCCACCCGGAGCAGUGCAUCAAGGUGCUGUGCCCCAUCGUCCAGACCACCGACUACCCCGUCAACCUGGCGGCCAUCAAGAUGCAGACUCGCGCGGUGGAGCGCGUCUGCAGGGAGCCGCUGCUGCAGCUGCUGCCGGACGUCGUCCCCGGCCUGCUGCAGGGCUACGACAACACGGAGAGCAGCGUCCGCAAGGCCAGCGUCUUCUGCCUGGUGGCCGUCUACGCCGUCAUCGGAGAGGAGCUCAAGCCCUACCUGUCCCAGCUGACCGGCAGCAAGAUGAAGCUGCUGAAUCUCUACAUCAAGAGAGCUCAGACCUCCACCAGCAACAGCAGCAGCUCCUCCGACAUCUCCUCCUACUGAACCACACCUCCACCUCCUCCUCCACCUCCUCCAUCAGCCUCCAGCCUGAGGAACAGGAGGAGCUUUAAGGAUGAAUGUAGAGACCUUCACUGCUGAUCAUCUGGCUGGCCAAUGACGGGAGGAACCUGCAGGAUGUCACUUCCUGUGGGACUUUGUUCACUUCCUUCUUUCAUCGUUCUGUUCAGAACUUCCUGCUGCAGGUUUUAGGUUUUAGAUCAGAAUCUGUCGUUGUAUUUUAACGGUUAACGUGUCGGGGUCAGGGGUCGUAGACCUUUAAGACUUUAAAUUAGAGGGCGUAGCCAAUCAGAGCAGGAGGCGGAGUCUCUAUGGCAACCAGAGAUGCUUCAGUUGUGACCACGUUGGAUCCAGAAAUGCUUCAGUUUUGAUCUUUUUAGUGAGAUUUUACCAAAUAAUUAAUGAUUAAUGAUUCCACACCUGUAAAUAUUGUGUUUCCAUGGAGACGCAGCUGAUGGCUGAUCCACAGCUGUUCAACUAUGCAUGAGCUGGAUGAAGGUCCUGAGGAAGACUACUGCUGGUCCCUCAGCGUAGCACUGAACUAUAGCUGCCAAUAAUCAGUAUUAGGAUUUAAAUAUUGAUCAUCAGCAGAGGAGCCGCUUUACACAACGUGAAGUUUGAUCAGUUUGAUCGAUCGACCAGCAGCCAAUCAGACUCAGCCUGAGAGACGGACCGACCAAUCAGCUGAGCUUUGCUCUGAUUGGCCAAUCGGUGUGAAGUCUGGACUUUAGCAAUAAUCAGAAACUCAGUGGGUUUUUCCUCAUCAGCACACUGGAUGGUUUAACUGCUGCUUCCACCGGGGGGCGCCGCUGUUCACCUUAGUACUAUUAUUAUUAUUAUUAUUAUUGUUUUAGCUCUGCUGUUUAUUGACGGACGGCAGCAGCACCACAAUAAAUCUGUCACACAAUAUAAACAGCUCAGAAGAAAAGGAACUAGUUCACUGAUCUGAUGUAGUUCAUUCAUUGUAGUUCAGGGGAAGAACUGAAGUUUUAGAUUAAUUUUUAUAUUUCAAAAUUCUCAAACUUAAAGUUUCUUUUUGGGAAUAUUUCUUGUUUUUCUUCAUCACUACAUUCAAUUAUUUAAAGAUUUUAUUUUUAUUUUCUAUAUUUUCCAGGUUUUCCACUGACACAGCGCCACCUGCUGGCAGCAAAUCAUCUUUUGAUCUUAAAAUAAGUUAGAAAAGUUGAGAAGCAGCUCAGUAAGUUAGAAAUGUGGAAAAGUUUUCCAUGGAUUUAAUUUAAGUUUUUGUUUUUUGAUGGUUUAUCGUGUUUCCAUCCGGUGCUCAGCUCCGUCGGAGUGGCCUAGUCAAAGUGCAGUCGCUGCAGCUGAUUUUCAUUUGCUUCACUCUGAGUUGACUCAUAAGGUUUAGUUCUGAAUUGGACCUGGAUCAGGACGGAGUCUAGACGCCGAGCAGCGGGCUGCUUCCUGCUUUCCUUCCAGAACCGUUUGGACCUUUCAGAACCUUCGGCCUGAUCUCAGUUCCUGGUUCCCCCUCCGGAACCGGGCUGUUGUUGUUAGUGUGUGCCUUUGGGUCGACUCUCCUGAACAGAACCAACAUGUCCGAACCGUUGCUAACCUUUGCUAAUGCUAACGCUAACACUGCGCUGCUGCUUUAAGGUGGACUGAAACUCACAACUGCUGUAAAUAAGAUGCAGAUGCAUGGCGCCCGACGCUUUGGGUUGGAUCCACCUUAUAUUUAAGUUCUGCUGGACAUAUUUAUCCCCAACAAUAAACAAUCACUCUUCUAAUUCUU